CAGUGCGAAUUGCGUUCUCGAGGCGUGCGGUGGCGGUUCGUUCACCAGUAGUUCUCUGGCUCUGCCAAAUUUAUUUACCUCCAAUUGUUCGUUGUGGUGCUGCUGCUGAUUGUCGAAACUUCCCUCCGUGAAGUGACUCGAUAGUCCCAGCUUCCUGCUGGAGCCCUGCUAAUUUCGCCCAGUCAACCGGACAGAGAAGUCGCAAGGAUGGCCGCCCAACCGCAGGAAAUUUCGCAUGCUAAGCGCGCCGCCUUCCAGGUUUUGGCCGGCGGUUCAGCCGGUUUCCUGGAGGUCUGCAUCAUGCAGCCCCUCGACGUGGUCAAGACCCGCAUCCAGAUCCAGGCCACGCCGGUGGCCAGUUCCACGGCUCUGGGUGAGUUGCACUACAAUGGCGUGUUCGACUGCUUUGCCAAGAUGUACCGCCAUGAGGGCAUUACGUCCUAUUGGAAGGGCAUUAUGCCGCCGAUCCUGGCGGAGACGCCCAAGCGGGCGAUCAAGUUCCUGGUGUUCGAGCAGACGAAGCCGCUCUUCCAGUUUGGCUCGCCCACGCCCACGCCGCUGACCUUUUCGCUGGCGGGACUGACGGCCGGCACUCUGGAGGCCAUUGCCGUGAAUCCCUUCGAGGUGGUCAAGGUGGCCCAGCAGGCGGACAGGCAGAAGAAGAUGCUCAGCACGUUCGCGGUGGCCAAGGGCAUCAUCAAACAGGACGGACUGGGCUUCCGGGGCCUCAACAAGGGCAUCACGGCCACCAUGGGACGGAAUGGUGUGUUCAACAUGGUGUACUUUGGGUUCUACCACAGCGUGAAGAACGUGGUGCCCGAGUACAAGGAGAGUCAUUUGGAGUUCCUGCGCAAGGUGACCAUCGGUUUCCUAGCCGGCACGCUGGCCUGCUUCGUCAACAUCCCCUUCGAUGUGGCCAAGUCGCGCAUCCAGGGCCCGCAGCCUGUAGCCGGGCAGAUCAAAUACCGCGGCACGCUCAGCUCCAUGGGCAUUGUGUACCGCGAGGAGGGAUUCCGGGCUCUGUACAAGGGACUUGUGCCCAAGAUUAUGCGCCUUGGCCCAGGCGGAGCCAUCCUGCUGCUGGUCUUCGAGUACUCCUACGACUACCUGCUGCACAACUACUCCUAGUUGGCCAAAUCCCCGAUAUCCCCCCCCCAUCUAGAUAUUAAGGUGCACCCGCCUGUUCUAUUUUUUUGUACUUGUAUAUUCAUAGGUAGUCGAGAUGGAGUAGCAUAUUAACGCUAGACUUGCGAUUGUGAUUCGUUGAUAAAUGUGAAAAUAAAAUACGUUUUGUAAAUCUUUCCCUAA